CUAUCGUUCGCAAUGAAAUCGGUGCUUUUAGUGAUUGUUAUAAUCCUUUUAAUUCAGAAGGAAUGUCCUGUUUUUGGUGAAAGCUCAAACAAAGAAUUGCCGGAGGAACCAAUUCUACAGAACGCUAAAACCGAAUGCAACGAUUAUUGUUUCAUGGUCUUUAAGCCCAUUCUUGAUCAUUUCGUAGAGCUGAAAACGGCAGCCAAUGCAAGCGAUGAACUGAAAAUUGAAGUGAAUACUAUGAGAGAUACAAUUAAGGACCUGCAAAAUCAGUUAAAAGUUACUGAAGUUCAAAUCAGGGGUCAUCUUGAAAACCUUCAACACAAAGAUGAUCAAAUCGCGGACCUACGGAAUCACAUUAAAUCGCUUGAGACAUCACUAUCGGAAAGAUCUAAUCAGCUUUCGAAAGACCGUGAAGCUGAGGCUAAUUUGCCUGACUCAUGUCCCAGUGGCAGUCCCAAUGGGAUUUACGAACUAAAACUUCGGGGAAUGGAGUCAUUUAGGGCGCCUUGUGUGUCCUCUCCCUCUGGUUGGACGGUAAUUCAGAGACGUUUUGACGGAUCAGAGAAUUUCGAUCGAAACUGGAGCGAUUAUAAAAACGGUUUUGGAAAUGUCAGUGGAGAGUUUUUCCUUGGACUGGAAAAAGUACAUCGAAUGACAGCCACACGACCCCACGAACUCCACAUUAAGCUUGGAAAGGUGGAGGGAUCAACCAGCUACGCUCAUUACGAUGAUUUUCAAAUUGGAAGCGAAGAUGAAUUGUAUGAGCUGAAGAAACUGGGAAGAUUUUCUGGAGAAGCCGGAGAUUCCCUUAACUAUCACCUUAACAAAAAGUUUACCACACUUGAUCGGGAUAAUGAUGAGCAUGCAGGAAAUUGCGCCAAGAACCGUGGUGGUUGGUGGUAUCAUCUUUGUGCAAAAAGUUCGCUUAAUGGAAAAUACAAUGGAGAUGGUCAUGAUAGUUCAAAAGACGGAAUCACUUGGGGCUCAUGGCAUGACUACAACUAUACGAUAUCGCUAACCUUCGUUGAAAUGAUGAUAAGGCCUAAAUCCUUAUGAGCCACAAAUUCUGCAAUUACAAACAUACAGAAUGAAUCGAAAUUAAUUGCUAGGAAUAAAAUGAUAAAAUGAAUUCAAUAACAUGUCAAAUUCAAUAAAUACUUAUUACUAAAAGUUUUUAGAAA